AUGUUACUACAAGUGUUUGACUUCGACACUGAGAUGGCGAAAUUGUCCAAAACGUGUUUGAGUAGUGAGGAUCAUGAGCAGAUAUGGAACAACACUCUGAAGCAUAAUAUUGUACGCGUUCUCAAUGAGAUUUUGUUUUAUGAAUCGCUGGAGAUGAUAAGCCAGACGGAGAUGAGAGCGACACUAAACUUUGCGCCACCGCGUAGCUGGGAAAAUUACUUCUCUAAAGAGAUUACUGAAAGCGAACUGACGUCGGCGGCAAACAUUGAAGCUUACUAUGAUCUUGUGGAACCGCAGUUCGGAAUCAACCCUCAUAAUAGUUUCUCUUUUGAGAAAAGUAUGAUUCCGGCCAUUGCAUUCUUAGACACUCGUUUCCCUUUUAUUCGUGCUUAUUACAGGCGUAGUUUUGAAGAAAUCCGUGAUGAAGGGUUGAUGAAUAGAGAAGUAGUUGAUCGCAUGAUUCACAAGUUUAAAGAGGUUUUUCAUAAGUUACGCAAAGCAAUGAGUCCAGUAUUCAACAACUAUAGCGGAAAGUGUUAA